AUGGCCGCCGGCCCUGCGACCCACGGUGGGUGCCCCCGUGCGCAGAUGCCUCAUCUAAGCAAGAUGGAGCGGGUGGUCGUGAGCAUGCAGGACCCCGACCAGGGCGUGAAGAUGCGGAGCCAGCGGCUGCUCGUCACCGUCAUUCCCCACGCGGUGACUGGCAGCGACGUCGUGGAGUGGCUGAUCCAAAAGUUCUGCAUCUCGGAGGAGGAGGCGCUGCACCUGGGCGCCCUGCUGCUGCGGCACGGCUACCUGUACGCCCUGCGGGACCCCCGCCCCGGGCUGCAGCUGGACCAGACGCUCUACCGGUUCCAGACACCCUAUUUCUGGACCAGCACCCUGUGGCCGGCGGCCGAGCUUGACUACGCCAUCUACCUGGCCAAGAAGAACAUCCUGCAGCAGGGCGCCCUGGGCGGCCACGAGAAGGAGCACUAUGACCAGCUGCACCGGAGGAUCAACCACGCGUGGGACCUGGUGGUGAUGCAGGCGAGGGAACAGCUGCGGGCCGCUAAGCAGCGCAGGAAGGGGGACAGGCUGGUCAUUGCGUGCCAGGAGCAGACGUACUGGCUGGUGAACAGGCCGCCGCCUGGGGUCCCCGAUGUGCUGGAGCAGGGUCCAGGGCGGGGCUCCUGCAUUGCCCGGCGAGUGCAGAUGACCAAGAACACGGAUUUCUACAAGCGGGAGAUUGAGUGCUGCACCAAGGCCCUGGGCAGGAUCCGGGUGAAGUCCUCUGUCUGCCUGGAGGCGUAUCUGAAGUUCAGCAGUCAGCACGGCCCACAUGACCCCAUCAUGUCGGGGUGCCUGCCCAGCAACCCCUGGAUCACAGAUGAUGACACCUACUGGGCCAUGAACGCCCCCAAUGUGGCUGUUCCCACAAAGCUGCGUGUGGAGCGAUGGGGCUUCAGCUUCCGGGAGCUCCUGGAAGACCCUGUGGGCCGGGCCCAUUUCAUGGACUUUCUCGGGAAAGAGUUCAGCGCCGAGAACCUCAGCUUCUGGGAGGCAUGUGAGGAGCUGCGCCAUGGAGGGCAGGCCCAGAUCCCCGCCCUGGUGGACUCCGUGUACCAGCAGUUCUUGGCCCCUGGCGCUGCCCGCUGGGUCAAUAUCGACAGCCGGACGAUGGAGCGGACCCUGGAGGGCUUGCGCCAGCCCCACCGCUAUGUGCUGGAUGAUGCCCAGCUGCACAUCUACAUGCUGAUGAAGAAGGACUCCUACCCCCGGUUCCUCAAGUCGGACAUGUACAGAGGCUUGCUGGCGGAGGCCAUGACACUCCCGGAGACCAAGAGACGAGUGUUCCCGUUCAUGUGGAAGCCGCGGCUUUCGAGCCCAAGCCCUGCUCUUCCUCCUGCUUCUGCUUCCGUGGGACCGGCAGCUGCUGCCGGCGGCCCUGGGGCUGGUGAUGGAGAGGCGUAG